ACAAACAGGAUUUGAACCUGUUCACAAAAAGAACUCUUCCAGAAACUCGGUUAUUUCCUGUCUUUGUAGUGAUUUUAUUGUGCCUUAAAUCAUGAGUAUUUUGAAUCUUGUGAAUGCAUGACAAAUGUAAUUGACUAAUGAAAGGCUAAGAAAUGAUAUAUAAAAUGAUCUGCCUGUGUGUGAGGACAAUGUGCUCUCUCGUCACUUCGGACAUUUAAUGUUGAUUUUACACCACAUGUAUAUUCUUUUACUUAACUCGUUUGUUUAUACUAAAUAUUUAGAAUUGUGUAUAUACGACUAAUAUUUCCAUAAAAUGCAAUGCUUUAUAUUUAUGUACGCAGUUAAGAUUAUUAAAAUCUUGGUCAGUGUGACCAUUUUCCACAUCAGUAAAAAUAAUCCACUUCAGCACACCCUGAAAUAAGUAAUUCUGCAUAAUAUUCACAAUAACUUUCAAUUCUCUAUUUACUUUAGAGUAAAUUUGAAUGUAGAACUUUUUUCUUGUAAUUUACCAUUUUAAUCUUGCUACUUUGCUUUAGUUUGGAUACACUUCCUGCUUUGCCCCAUUACUGUUGGUCACCAUACUAUUAGCCUUUUAAUUGUUCUCCUAAUGUUGCAAAUAAUUCCAAUACAUUUUGCCAAAGAGCUGAAAUAAAGUUGUGUUUGUGGCUAGUUUUGAAAUACAAGCUAAAUAAUGUCUUUAUACCCUGUCCUCUUAUACUGCACUAGACACUUAUAUAUUUUUAUUAAACAAUUUUUUUGUGGGGGGGGAUUUCUGCAUUGACUUCAAAUAAAAUUCGAAUUCAUAAGCUAAACAAUUUGAAAUAAAAAGGUAUUCUUUCUUUGCAGGAAUAUCAUUUUUACAUUAAAACGUUUAUAUUAAAAGCUGUAAUAUUUUGUUGUCUAUUUUCUAAUGAUUGAAUAAAAAAUAUGACACAAUUUGUUGUUUGCAGUCAAGAAAACACUUCAAGUGUUGUGUCACAGUUGCAAAAUGACCUAUUAAAUCUUAAGGCUUUUUUCUUUUACAUGAAUAACUCACUCGUGGUGUUAUAAAUUAUAUAAUUAUACGCAUAAAUGAAUGGCAGGAAUAAUAAAGAGUGCUUGAGUAAGGUGGAAGUGGAGCAGGCUGAUGUGACCGCAGUAGUUACCUUCCUCCAGCAGGGGGCGGCAGUGCAACACUCUGGAUGUUCGCUGCACUUUCUUUAAUAAACACGAAGAAGCUGCUUCCUCCUGCUGUAUGCUCAUGCCUGUAGUUGGGAGGCUGGUUUGAAAGCUGUCAGAGAUGAACAGUGAGAAUUUCAGCCUGAGUGAGAAGAUCGUGUCGACCUCUUACGUUCGACAGGGCAGUCAGGCGCGCCGCAGCCAUGAGCAGCUGAUCAGACUCUUGCUGGAGCAGGGAAAGUGUCCAGAGGAGGGAUGGAGUGAGAGCACCGUGGAGCUCUUCCUCAGCGAGCUGGCUGUGAUGGACAGUAAUAACUUCCUGGGAAACUGCGGGGUCGGAGAGAGGGAGGGCCGCGUGGCCUCCAGCCUCGUGGCCAGGAGACACUACAGGUUGAUCCAUGGCAUCGGUCGGUCAGGUGACAUCGCUGCCGUCCAGCCCAAAGCUGCAGGGUCCAGUCUGCUCAACAAGCUCACCAACUCCGUGGUGUUGGACAUCUUAAAGCUCUCAGGUGUCCGGAGUGUGGCCAGCUGCUUUGUAGUUCCCUUGGCAACAGGAAUGAGCUUGACUCUGUGCUUCCUGACCCUUCGCCACCGAAGACCCAAAGCUCGCUACAUCAUUUGGCCUCGCAUCGACCAGAAGUCCUGUUUCAAAGCCAUGAUCACAGCAGGAUUUGAGCCGGUGGUGGUGGAGAACGUUCUGGAGGGCGAUGAGCUGCGGACAGACCUGGAAGCAGUUGAGCGCAAGAUCGAGGAGCUCGGAGCCGAGAACAUCCUGUGUGUUCAUUCAACUACUUCCUGCUUUGCCCCGCGGGUCCCCGACAGGCUGGAGGAGCUGUCCAUUCUGUGUGCCAAACAGAACAUUCCCCACAUUGUGAACAAUGCAUACGGAGUGCAAUCGUCUAAAUGCAUGCACCUCAUCCAACAGGGGGCUCGUGUCGGAAGAAUUGACGCCUUUGUGCAGAGCUUGGACAAGAACUUCAUGGUUCCAGUAGGUGGCGCCAUCAUCGCAGGCUUCGACGAGUCCUUCGUACAGGAGAUCAGCCAGAUGUACCCAGGUCGGGCGUCCGCCUCUCCUUCCCUGGACGUCCUCAUCACCCUCCUCACCCUGGGAGCCAGCGGCUACAAGAAGCUCCUGUCAGAGAGGAAGGAGAUUUAUUUGCUGCUGGCUCAGGAGCUGAAGACUCUCGCCUCUGCACACGGGGAGAGGUUGCUGAACACCCCACAUAACCCCAUUUCCCUGGCCAUGUCUCUGGAUGGUCUCCAGGCGGAGAGCGACGGGGCGGUGACUCAGCUGGGCUCCAUGCUGUUCACCCGGCAAGUGUCAGGAGCCAGGGUAAUACCGCUGGGCAAGGAGCAGACCAUCAGCGGACACAUGUUCCGAGGCUUCAUGUCUCACUCCGAUGCUUACCCGUGUCCGUACCUUAACGCUGCCUCGGCUGUGGGCAUCACGCGGGAGGACGUGACCCUGUGCAUGAAAAGGCUUGAAAAGUGCCUGAAGACCCUGAAGAAAGAGAAAAAUGUGGCGAGAAGUAGCUCCCCCGUACUUCCACCGUGCCAGGAGGACACCACUGGAGAAUGACUAUAAUAAGAAAACUAAGUGAGUUCUUCUAACUGUGGGAUCUUCUUCUUCACCCCGUCUGAACGUUGUGUGUUUUGAAAAGGCUGAUGGAUUAUCAAUCCAGAUAUUGUAAUGAGGUCAAAGACUGGAGCAACAGCUGGUGUGGAAACUUCCUCCAGGUGUUCAUUAAAACAAAAGUGACUCACUGAUUAAUUCCCUCCUCUGUGAACGCGUCAUAAUUAGUAGAUAUUUUAAGGACGCUAAAUGCAUACACAUGCUUCUCUGGAGCAUGUGGUUGUUCGUGAACACUUGCAUUUUCUGUUUAUGUUGAAAAAACCUCAUUUCUAAUGGCAUUUGGACUCAAAAUAGCUUAAGGAUGAACAAGGGGCUUUACUUUGUGUCAUUUCUCUUAAUUAAAACCAUCUCAAGCCUCCACAGUGCAAUGGAAUGUAAUUACCCGUGGUUCCUCUCUGCUAAUGUUAGCAGACACAGGCAUGCUUUAUGCGCCUUCUGCUCUUGGAAAUGCAUUAGGCCUUUCCAACUAUUGACAUAUGAAACAAAAUCGCUUGAUAAUGCAGUAUGUUGCAGCAUGUCUUCUGCAGUGUGAUGUAAUGUGAUAUAAAAACCGUUGAGCCAUUAUCUCCAUUUGAAGCCGGUGAAUUUAAUCGGCUCUUUUACUUUCAGGCAGCAGAAAACAAUAUAAUGAACAGAUAAUCGAUUUAGUUCAACAAACAUGGAUCACUGCUGUGUGGAGUAAAGGAAAUGUUCACAAACCUGCUAUUAAGAAUUUAAGAUGUGUGUAGGUAAGUACAGUUACAUGUGUUGGGACCUUACAAAAGGCUAUACACACAGUCAUACAAAGAUCUAAAAUGUACCUUAAAUUAUUUUAGUUGGUCUAAGAAUUAAGGCUAUGUUUUGUUUACUAUAAAUAAUCCAUAGGG